AUGACCAUGAAGACUUUCUUCGUACUUUCCUCCGCGGCGCUCUUUGGACUGGCGCAUUGUUCUCGCCAGCCACUUCUACAAUGGGACCCUGACACAGUCAAAGAUUGUGUAGAAUGGUACAACAACGCCGAUGGCGAAUCGUGCGAAUACGUUCGUAAUUACUUCACCAAUCCCAUACUCAUCCUUCAGUCACCCCAGAGCAAUUCCACGAAUGGAACCCAUCACUCAACUCCAACAACAACAACCACCACAAGCGCGACCAGCGCUUCUUCGCUGGCUCCCUCACCCACCGCCUGGGAGCCCUUAGGCUGCUACGCGCAGAAUCCCGAGCGGUCUAUUCUGGAGCAGAAUAUGUCUCCCAACGGAGAUGCAUCUCUGAGUAUAUCAGCAUGCAAGAACAGCUGCUAUCUCCAGGCCUUUACUUUCGCGGGCACGCAGGAGGGUAAUCAGUGCUGGUGCAGCAACUAUGUAGCGGGUGAGUGGGCUAAGAACAGCUCUGACUGCAAUUUGCCCUGUUCGGGGAACAAGGCGGAGUGCAGCUACGAGUGCGCGGAUACAGGCCGCUGCGACAAGUAA